AAAAUAAAACCACCAGAACAAAAAGGAAAUCGACCAACUGACCAAGUGCUUGCCAAAAACCAAACAGAACAAGGACCAAAGCAAAAGGCCAUCACUGACGGCAAGAGAGAGAGCGAGAGAGGAGGGAGAUCUCCCGAGGGCCGACGUCUCGCGAUUUCCGGCUGCAAGGUUCGGUUUUGAUCCCAACCCCAGGCUCCCCACCCCCGAUUCUCCCAGUCGCCCGCCGCUUCCGGCGGAGCAACCGGAGGAAAAGAUCCCGAUUUUCUUUUUCUCCAGUUGCAGUUCGUGGUGGGCGCCGCCUCCGUGUUGCGCGGUUCCGAUUUGGCAGCUGCUGGGGUGAGGUGGGGAGCGCGUGCGGUGGGAUUCCCGUUCGGAUCUGCGGAGGGGGCGGCAGCUUUCCUGCUCCAAUUCGGUCGGCCAGCAAUGAGGGUCCUUGAAUCUUGUUGAUGUGCGCGGCCCAGAUGCGGGAGGCGUACUGGGAGAAGGUUUCUUGAAAUCUUCGUCUGGGCUUCGUGGAGUGGGAUCGCCCCGUCGUCCUAUGGGCUGUGUCAGUUCCAAGCAAUUCCACGGCGGGGACGACCAUGGGGACGGCAAGCCGCGUCGGCGGCCCUCGAGCAACUCGCUGAAGCGCCUGGUUAGUUACAGUUCCAGCAAGAGGCAUGAGGAGCUGGAAGAGGAGGAUGAGGAAGGGGCGCCUGUGCCAGCCACUUCGUCCUCAAGCGCCGCACGCCGCGUCGGGAACGACGCCAGCACGGCAAGGCUGAUUCGGAAGCCUCCAGCACCUGUGGUCGAGGCUGUGCCAGCAUUGCCAGAGGAGGCUGUCACUUUGGCGGUUGGUGCAGUUGAUGCAGAGAGGGCGGUUGCUGCAGCGACUGGGAAUAGGAAGCGGCCUCCGGUGGAUGUACAAGUCAAUGGUGUGGCGGAGCAAGAAUCGAGGAGUGGUGGUCUUAGGCCGGAGGGGGAGGCCAAACCAAGGAUCAGGGAUGUGCCCAAUGGCGUCCAGGGUGAGCAUGUGGCGGCAGGGUGGCCAAGAUGGCUCACAGAGGUCGCGGCAGAGGCGGUUCGUGGGUGGCAACCUCGGAGGGCUGAGUCUUUUGAGAAGUUGGAUAAGAUAGGACAAGGUACAUAUAGCAGCGUUUAUAAAGCACGUGAUCUUGAAAAUGGAAAAAUUGUGGCUCUGAAGAAAGUUCGGUUUGCCAAUAUGGACCCUGAGAGUGUCCGAUUUAUGGCAAGGGAAAUUCACAUCUUAAGAAGGCUUGAUCAUCCAAAUGUUAUCAAACUUGAAGGUUUGGUGACGUCACGCAUGUCAAGCAGCUUGUAUCUUGUAUUUGAAUACAUGGAGCAUGACCUUGCAGGACUUGCAGCUACACCUGGCUUAAAAUUCUCAGAACCUCAGGUCAAGUGUUACAUGCAACAGCUACUUUCUGGACUUGACCAUUGUCAUAACCGUGGUGUUUUGCAUCGGGAUAUAAAGGGUGCAAAUCUCCUACUUGACAAUAAUGGCAUUCUUAAAAUAGCAGAUUUUGGUCUAGCUACAUUCUUUAAUCCCAACCAAAAACAACAUUUGACAAGUCGUGUAGUAACAUUGUGGUACCGACCUCCUGAGCUUUUGUUGGGUGCUACUAACUAUGGUGCUGCUGUUGAUCUAUGGAGUGCCGGUUGCAUUCUUGCUGAGUUGUUAUCAGGGAAGCCUAUCAUGCCAGGACGAACUGAGGUGGAACAGUUGCACAAGAUUUUUAAGCUUUGUGGUUCACCAUCAGAGGAGUUUUGGGCUAAUUUGAAGUUAUCCCGAGCUACCAUAUUCAAGCCUCAGCAUCCGUACCGCCGAUGCGUGAAUGAUGUAUAUAAGGACUUCCCUACUACUGCUUUAACACUUCUGGACCAUCUACUUGCCGUAGAACCUGGGAAUAGGGGUACCGCUGCAUCUGCCCUUGACAGUGAAUUCUUUACAACAAAGCCGUAUGCCUGCGAUCCAUCAAGUCUCCCCAAAUAUCCCCCAAGCAAGGAAUACGAUGCUAAGCUUCGAGAUGAAGAAGCUAGGAGGCAAAGAGCAGCUGCUAAAGGACAGGAAGCUGAAGCUGGACGGAGGAAGCAACUUCCUGCACCCGAUGGCAAUAAUGGAUUGCAGCACCGCCGAGUUCAGGUGAAUCCCAAAAGCAGCAGUUACAAGUUCACUCCAAAGGAGGAUGCUGUUUCUGGAUUUCCAAUUGAUCCGCCCGCAAGAGCUGCAGACAAUGGUUACCCUCAGCGUGUUCCUUUGAUGCAAGCUGGCCGUUCUUCCUCCACUCUGGGCAGAUCAAGUGGAAUGGAUCCAAAGGCCCAAAGAUUUCACACCUCCCAAAUUAUUACUGCUGAGAUGUCCAACCAAUCUACUGCAUCUGGGCAGCGAGGCAAUGCUCCUAAGAUGUCUAACCUUGGGGAAAGUGCCAGGAGACAAUAUUUGAGAGAGCAUCGGUCCAGUUCAAGAUACAGUCAGCUCACUGCUGCUGACCCUUCUGACAGAGCUGAAUGGAAUCAUCAAUUCCAAGAAAGACCAUCGUCUUCCCAUCGGAAGGAUGAUGCUGCAGCAAACAAAGAGCCUACAGUGGUGAAUGGCACAAAGAAGAACAGAAUCCACUAUUCGGGACCAUUGAUGCCUCCUGGAGUGAACAUGGAUGAGAUUCUUAGAGAGCAUGAGCGACAGAUCCAACAAGCGGUGCGAAGAGCCCGCCUUGACAAGGGAAAGGGAAAGCACAACGGUGAGAGAGACCAGUCAGAGGCACUGCUGUAUACUACCGGGAACCCCAGGCUCGUCACCUUCUACAUCACGCUCGGCGACCUCACCGCGGCGCGAGCCGCCGUCGAGCGGGCGGAGGGAAAGGCGCGGGCGUUCCCGUGGAACCUGCUCAUCUGGGGGUAUGCCGACCGUGAGCAAUGGGACGACGUGGUCCUCGCGUACCGCAGGAUGCUGGCGCUGGGCGUGGCCGCCGACAGGUUCACGUACCCGUCGGUUCUGCGCGCUUGCGGCGAGCUACGGGAUGCCUCUGUUGGCCGGGAGAUUGAGCAGCGUGUUCGGUCGUGGGGAUAUGGUCUGGACAUGUAUGUUUGGAACGCUCUGGUGGGGAUGUACGCCAAGUGCGAGGAGAUGGAGGACGCACGCAGGGUGUUUGAUGGAAUGCCUGCGCGUGAUGUUGUCAGCUGGAAUGCCAUGGUGUCUGGGUAUGCGUCGGCUGGUAUGUGGGGCGAGGCGUUUGACCUGCUCCAGUGGUUUCCUGGGGCAAACAUUGUCACCUGGAAUGCGGUUGCGGCAGGAAAUUUGAAGGCGGGGAAUGACAGUGAGGUGAUUAGGUUGUUGUCACAAAUGAGGAGCUUCCAUGGUCCGGGGCUGGAUUCUGUGACUGUUGUGAUUGGCCUCAGGGCAUGUGCUAGGAGUGGGUAUCUGAAGAUUGGCAAGGAGUUGCAUGCUGUGUCUAUUCGUCUGCGCUUUGAUAGGCUUGAGCACGUGGAGAGUUCACUGAUCACUAUGUACUCCAGAUGCCAGAGGAUGAGCUCUGCAUAUCGCCUAUUCAGAACAUGCUCAACUCAGAGCGUGGUAAUAUGGAAUUCAUUGCUAGCAGGAUUUGGAUUCAUGGACCAGGUUGAGGAAGCUAUUUUGCUGUUCAGAGAGAUGAUUUAUUCCUCUGUCUUUCCAAAUGAUGUUACUGUGUUAACUAUGCUUUCACUUAGUGCGCGUUUUGGACACCUCUGUCAUGGAAGGGAGAUGCACUGCUACAUUAUCAAGCAUGGACUUGGUGCCUCUAACAUACUGCAGAACUCACUUGUCGAUAUGUACUCAAAAUCUAGACAGAUGGCAGCUGCACAGAGAGUGUUUGACCAGAUGCAAUGUCAAGACAGGCACGCAUAUACUUCAUUGAUUUUGGGCUAUGGAAUGCAAAGAGAAGGGCAUCUAUCACUGAAGCUCUUUGAUGAAAUGAUCGCCAACAAUAUCAAGGUGGACCAUGUAACUAUGGUUGCUGUUCUUUCAGCCUGCAGCCACUCUGGGCUGGUAACUCAAGGGCAGCUACGAUUUGCUGAGAUGUUUGAUGUGUUUUGCAUUGCACCAAGGGUGGAGCAUUUUUCUUGCAUGGUUGAUUUGUACUGCCGUGAGGGUUUGCUGAGUAUGGCUGAGGAGAUAAUUAACAAGAUGCCACUGCAGCCAACUGCCGCGAUGUUGGCAACUCUAAUCGAGGCUUGCAGGAUCCAUGGCAAAACAGAAAUUGGGGAUCGAGCUGCAAAGAGGCUGCUGGCAAUGAGGACAAAUAACCCGGGUCACUACAAAUCGAUUGCAAACAUGUAUAUAUCAGCAAAACGCUGGCCAGAACUAGCUAAGCUUAGAUCAUUAAUGAGCGUCAUGGAGCUAAAUAUGAUUCCAACUCGUUCCUUACUGGAGUCAGAAUAUGACAUAUGUCCAGUCGAACAAGAUUAUUGCUUAAACCGCAGUCUGCAUGGAGGCUUGUCUUAUGACAUGACAGAUACUGAUUUCUCUAGUAGCGAGGAAGUGAAAUGCAAUGAAGCUUUUGGUGGGUAACAGUAAAGCUGGAAUCCAAUAGGCUAUUUUGGGAUCAUGACUUUCAUUUUAAGCAAAUAUCUUAACAGCUUGUGUUCUUCGCAUCAUGGAAGAGAGGACCUUGCAUUGCCACAUAUACAUACUUCCAGUACUGCCUUCAAACACGACCACAAACAAUUUGGCACGAACCAGUCUACCACCUCUGUUGCCUCAGCAGCAGCUGGCCAACCUCUGAAUUGCAUGAAUGAAGGACAGCUCUGAAAAGUAUGUAUCAGGCCAUGCUUUGCAUAUCACCGGAGUAUCAGAUACGCCAAUAAAGCAGCGUUCGGUUGGGCACACUUAAGUGGGCGUCUCAGAUUAUAAGCUGUCUACUCAGCAGCCUGGAGCAGCAACUGGCAACCAUAAUGACAAAAAUGGAAGGCUCUACUGGCAGUGUCCAAAUCGUGUCUAGGCGUUUGGUCCAGCCAGAGUCAGGAAGCUCACCGAACAUGGUGCCAUCAGAGGCAGAAAUCAUUCACUUGACUCCAUGGGAUCUCGCGUUGAUCACAGUGGACCACAUCCAGAA